AUAAUGUUGCGUCAUACUAAUCGCAAGAGGAAAGAAAAUUUUACGUAUCCUUUUACUAAUAAACACCCAAAUGUUUAGAUAUUGAAUUUCGAAUGUGUACUUAUGGCGUAAUAAUAGAAGAAAAUUCCAUUGCCAUCCUUUUAUAUCCAGAAUUACUUCCACUCUUUUUGAUAUGAUGAAUCUCCGGUUUCAUCUCCGGCAUUAAGAGAAUUUUCAUCGAUCUCUCUCUCUGACAGAGAGCAACCUUGGAGGAUCAUUCGAUGCUUAUUAUAAUCGCGGCUGAGCGAAUGAUAAAGAAAAAUGAUUGCGCGACAGCGAGGUGGAAGAAACAACAAACGAAUUUGACCCAUUCAGCUUGUGCUCAUCGAGGAACAACGAGAACACGGUGUACAAGCAUGGAGCGUGCUCGUAAAAGCGCGGCAAUAAAGUCGACCUAAGACUGUGCCCAUCGUCCGGUAUUAUUUGGGCGUGAAUCGGAGGCGUGGCGAAAGGCUCUUACGGUGCGACGAUUGGUCGCCGGCGACGAUGGGCACCAGUGGCCAAGGACCGUGGGUUUGUCUUGCCGUACCAUCCAAUUCUACCGCAAGCAUGUGGACGACGUACCCGGGUGCGCGAGCACACCCGGGUAGUGCUACCUGUGGUAUCGGAGAUUGGUGGGAGUGCCCGGCCGUUAGUUACCCCGAUACCCCAUCCCCGAGAGACUUAGUCAGGAUCAGCGCGCCGAUCAGUCGACACAUCCAUUUCAGUGCGACACAGACACGAGGUGAUCGCGGCCAUCGCGUCUCGGAUCUGUCGGGGAAAAGAGACGAGGAAAGAGAAGAGCUCGCGGUUGGGCCCGACGGGCCUGUACCACGAGCCGAAGUUCCGGGAUUAAAUGGACCCGAUCAAUGUACUCAUCCAGCAGACCAGGAACAUUUGUACGACUUGUGUUUAUUUGCAUGUACCGUUGCGCGAAUCGUUUGGUGAAUUGUUAGGCGAGACGUAAGAAGAGAGACGUUGUGAGAUUAAUCGGGCGGAGGAGGACGGUCGAUAUUACGGUUUUUACCGGAUGGCUUGGUGAGGUGCGGUAGUGACGUUUGCGAUACUCGGUGCUGGAGCGAACUCAUCGAAAUUGUCUUGCGGUGGUUUGGUUCGGCUGAAAUGACGGUUACUACCACUAAUUUCUCGAUGAUGCGACCAUGUUUCACUGGAUAUUCCUUUCAAGACAUCGGAUCGAUACCAGGCCAGGGACGCGUAAAUCAGCUCGGUGGAGUCUUCAUCAACGGGCGACCGCUGCCUAAUCACAUCAGACUGAAAAUCGUCGAGAUGGCCGCAGCGGGGAUCAGGCCGUGCGUUAUAUCAAGACAGUUGAGAGUGUCCCACGGAUGUGUGUCGAAGAUUCUAAACCGUUACCAAGAAACUGGUAGCAUCAGACCUGGAGUCAUCGGUGGAAGCAAACCACGUGUAGCCACGCCGGAAGUGGAGGCAAGAAUCGAAGAGUAUAAGCGGGACAAUCCGGGUAUGUUUUCGUGGGAAAUUAGGGAUCGGCUGAUCAAAGAGGGCAUCUGCGAGCGGACCAGCGCGCCGAGCGUGUCCGCGAUUUCUCGACUUCUCAGGGGUCGCGAUUCCGAAGACGACGUUAAACUAGGUGACGGCAAAACGAGUUCAGGGUCUGAUUGUGAGAGCGAACCGGGAAUCCCGUUGAAAAGAAAGCAGCGCAGGAGCAGGACUACCUUUACGGCUCAUCAGCUGGAUGAGCUGGAACGAGCAUUCGAGAAGACCCAGUAUCCUGACAUCUACGUCAGAGAGGAACUCGCCCAGAGGACAAGAUUGUCAGAGGCCAGAAUCCAAGUGUGGUUCAGUAACAGGAGAGCUCGGCUGAGGAAACACAUCUCUUCGUCGACGUCCGCUGGAUACGUCAGCUCUGUCGCCUAUCCUACUAGCUACGUCAUUCAUCCACCGGCACCGCCUCACCCUCACGCGGGGGCGGCCGUGCCGCCGGGUCAUCCACAUCCACACCCGCAUCCGCAUCCUCAGGGUCUGCCAGAUGCUGCAUUUUCCUCCGGCCAAGAGUUAUACUCGUCUCAUCACGCAACGGUGACUCAUCAAUUGGCAGCGGAUUCCGCACGACUACCCUCUACCGUCGGCUCGUCCUCGACUUACACUUUUCCGGCCACGGUGACUUAUCCCAAUCUGCCGAUACUGUCACCGGCCUCGUCGACGACCGCCCACAUGGCUCAUCAAGCUUCGACGUCAUCCAGCUAUCAGCAAACGAGCGGCCAUCAGCUACCGCCGACUCCGAAUUCUCUCGUCACCAUGAUGGGACCGAAUUCCGGCAAUUCCACUUCCGCUCCCGAUCAGUUAGCCUCGUCGGAACUGCCAAUCAGCUCGGUUUCACCUUCUCAGCAGCAACAGCCGCAGCAACAGCCGCAGCAACAGCCAGCGCAACAGACCAGUCAAGGAACCACGUCGCCGUCAUGGAAUCUCGCGAUUACCGCCAGCGGCAGUAGAGUCAAUCUGUCGAGUCCACCGACGAGUCUCCAACAACCCCACGCCUAUAGCGCUCACCCUCAUCAGGCUUUCGCCAGCCCCUACACCGCGCAGGGCUUUCAGCAACCACCUAGACCAGCGCCACAACCGUUCUGGUAUUGAAGUACGAUUUGAUUAUUAUUGUCAACAUUUAGCUUCGUGAGAGUUAUAAACUGUCUGAUAUUCAUGUGUAUGACAUAUUAAAAAUCGUGAUAAUAAAAAAAGAAAGGCAAUGAUUUUAAAAGAUUAAAAUGAUUAAAAACAUUUUAAUUACUGAGCCUAUUUAAAAGAUAUCUCUGAAGGUUAAGUCAACGUGAUUACAUGAUUACAGAAACUAUUGUUGAUACUGCUAUUUGCAUGUGACAAUUUACACUAGCAUUUAGAUUUAUAGUUAACAAAUUCAUAAAAGAAGCAUAAAAGAAGAAUGUUAGAGGAACAAAUAAUUCUAUCGAGAUAAGUUAAAAUUGUUUCCUUGAAAGGAAAACAAUGUGCGUGUAUAUACAAAAUAUAUUAAGCAAUGAUUAUAUUUUACGUUAUAAAAUGUUGUGUACAUAAUACGAUUUGUGAUGCUUUACAAUCACAUAUAGCUUUUAAACAUCAGAAAAUUAUUCCCUACAAAGAAUUACUAACAUUCAUUAUACAUUUUACAAAGUGAAACUGUAAAUAUAUUUUUCCGUCGGUUUGUGGGUUUACUACAUUUCCUUUUUCAAUUCUUCUUGCAACAUCUUAUGUUUACAGUGCGACCAAAAA